AUGAAAGAAAAAAUGCCGCCAUUUAAACGUAAGAAAUCAACAGGAAAAUCUUUUCCUGUCAAAGUAUGUACAUUAGAUGCAGAGUUAGAAUUCAACUUAGAGGUACCUAUACCAAAAACCUAUAUUGCUGAAAUGCUAUAUAAACUGCAGAAUAUUAGUUCUAAUAUUUAUAAAUAUUUAUUUAGUUGAAGGCUACUGGUCGAGAUCUUUUUGAUUUGGUAUGCCGUACUAUUGGAUUACGAGAAACCUGGUACUUUGGUUUGCAAUAUGAAGAUUCUAAAGGAUUUAUUGCAUGGCUAAAAUUAGAUAAAAAAGGUAAAUUUCAAAGUGUUUGAUAUAAAACUUAAAAUAAUUAAUAAUGUUUGGUUUUGUAGUACAAGAUCAAGGAAUUCCUCAACAAACAACUAUGCCAUUUAUGUUCCUUGCAAAAUUUUAUCCAGAAGAAGUAGCUGAAGAAUUAGUUCAAGAAGUUACUCAACAUUUAUUUUUUUUACAAGUUAACCGUGCCAUUUUAGCAAUGGAUAUUUAUUGCCCGCCAGAAGCUUCAGUUUUGUUAGCAUCAUAUGCUGUUCAAGCAAAAGUAAGAUAAAACAUAAUAAAUAUUAUAAGGCAUUUUAAAUUUGAUUGACUUUCAAUAAAUACAUUUUUUUAGUAUGGAGAUUAUGAUGAAGGAACUUAUAAACCAGGAAUGCUUGCCAGUGAGGAGUUAUUACCCCAGAGAGUAAUUGAUCAAUAUCAAAUGACAGCAGAAAUGUGGGAAGAGCGAAUAAAAGUUUGGUAUGCUGAUCAUCGAGGAAUGUCUAGAGAUGAAUCAGAAAUUGAAUAUCUGAAAAUCGCUCAAGAUUUAGAUAUGUAUGGUGUUAAUUAUUUUCCCAUUAGUGUGAGUUUAAAUUAUUUACAAUGCUAUAAUUUUAACUAAUUUCAAUUAAUUAUUUUUAUUUUUUUAUAACAUAAAAGAACAAAAAAGAUACAGACUUGUGGUUAGGAGUUACAUCUUUAGGUCUUAAUAUUUAUGAAAAAGAAAAUAAAUUAACUCCAAAAACAACAUUCCAAUGGUCUGAAAUCAGACAUGUUAGUUUUGAUGAUAAAAAAUUUACUAUUAAACCUGUGGAUAAGACAUCACCAAAUUUUGUUUUCUUUUCACACAAAGUUCGAAUGAAUAAAUUGGUAAACAUUAAAUUAAUGCUUUUAUUUCUUUCAGUAAUUUUUUUUAAUAAUAAUACUUUUUUCAGAUUUUAGAUCUAUGUAUAGGAAAUCACGAUCUCUUUAUGAGAAGACGCAAACCAGAUUCAAUGGAAGUACAACAAAUGAAAACACAGGCGAAAGAGGAAAAAUCAAGGUUUUAUUACCAAUUUUUUUUUUUUGAGACACUUAAAUAAAAAUUAACCUGUUAUUUUAUUAAUUAGACGACAAAUUGAACGUAAUAAGUUGGCUCGUGAAAAACAAUUACGAGAAAUUGCUGAAAAAGAAAAAGCAAUUAUGGAACAACGAUUAUUGCAAUAUCAAGAAGAAAUCCGUUUGGCAAAUGAGGCAUUAGUAAGUAUAGCUGUUAAUAAAAAAUAUAAUAAUAUCCAAUGGUUUUUUUUUUUUUUUUUAGAGAAGGUCUGAGGAGACUGCAGAUCUUUUAGCAGAAAAGUCCCGUGUUGCAGAAGAAGAAGCUAUGUUAUUGGGUCAAAAAGCUUCUGAAGCUGAACAUAAAAUUACACAAUUUCGUUUGACUGCUCUUAAAGUAUAAUUAUAAAAUUUGUUUUUAUGAUCAAAUAUUAUUUAUAUUCCAUGUUUUUUUUUUAUAGACUGAAGAAGAAAAAGUAAGUCUUGAACGAAAAACGCGAGAAGCUGAACAAUUAACAGCACGACUAGUAGAUGAAUCUGAGAGACGAGCGGCUGAAGCAAACAAACUUAAAGAAGAGUUACUUAGAGCACGUGUUGCUGAAAAACAAGCAAAAGAAAAAUUAUUGGAGUUCCUUUCUAGUAAUGCAUAUGUUAAUAAUGUAUGUAUAACCUAUUAUAACAAUAAUAUUAUAGGUAUUUAUUAAUAAAUUGUGAAGCAUAUUUAUAUUUUUAUUUUUAUUUUAGAAUGUUUCAAGUAUAUAUUCAGUGUCUAGUAAUUCAGCAAUAGAUGUCCCUGCUGAUCUUCAUACAAUGCGAUUAAAUACUAAUUCACCAUCGAUAUCUGUUACUCAUCCUAAUCCACCAGUAUUAGCAGAUUGCCAUUUACCCGCAUAUGAUAUGAUUGCUGGGGAUGAUAUGGAACAAUUAUCAUUAGAAAUUGAAAAAGAAAGGUUAUUGGUCAAGGAAUUUUUGAUGAUGCCAAUUUGGUGAUGUCUAUUUGAUAUUACUGUUUUGGUGAUAGUCGUUUUAAGUAAUAAAUGAAAAAAUACAUAGCAUGGUGAAAAUUAUUUUUGUUGAUCAUUUUAAUACAAAAUAAUUGAUAAUUAAUGUAUAUUAUUCAAAAAAUGUAUUGUAAAAGCACAAAAAAAAUAUAUUAACUUUAACUUAUUACAUUAAUAAUUAAUUCAUUAACUAUGCCAUAAUUCUAGUUUAGCAACCAAUUGAUUUUUUUUUUUCAAAAUAUGUGAUUUUGUGUGUACAAUAUGAAUCUAAAAAAAAAAGUUGAACGAAUUUUGUUUGAAAAUAACAUGGAAAAAACCUAACAAAUUUGGUUUUUCUGUAUUGUGCAUUUUUGAAAUAUAAUGUUUUUUUUUUUUUAUUGUAAACGAGAAUAUACAAUCUAUAUAAAUAAUGCAUGAAAGUUUAUAUCAUAUCACAGGAAUAACUUAAUUAGAGUCACAUUAAUAAAAACUCAGUUAUGAUUUUAAAAGUUUUGCCUUAAUACUUCCAAAUAAAGUUCGUCCAACUAUUUGAUCAAAUUUUACCCUGAUAAUAGAGACUAUUGCACCAUAUUGUCUUGUUUUAUAUGUAUGUAUAUGCAUUUUUUUCGCUGUUACUUUUGGACACUUCUAGUGGUUCCCUUUAGACCAAAUUUGGGAGAUUUUAUUAUAGGUUGGAAGUGAUAAAAUUUUGAUUGAAUUUCACCAUGUUUUUGCGAGAUGAAGAUGUAAACUUAGCUUUGUACACCCUACAAACCUCCCAAAUGAAAGCCAGGGAGAUGUAAGUGUUAAGGAUUUGCCAGUCAUGUGUAUUCUGAAAUUUCAUGUUUUCACAAAAAAUACCGGGUUUUAAAUAUCCUCGCAGACUCAUGAAAAUAAGUAAUGGGGUUAAAAUUUGUGUAUAUGAAUAGCAUUGUUGUUGAGGAUGUGGUAUUAGGUUUCAACUUCCUUCAACUCUCUUGAUCACCAUCUAUACGUUUGCAAAACUCUUGAGAACUACUUUAUCAAUUUCAAUGAAACUUUUUCAUUCAAUUCUGUAUUAUUACUAGAUUGUUAUUUUAUUCUUGAAAGAAAGUAUGGGCAGAAAACCGUGAAAUAAAACAGGGGGAGGGGCAAAUGAUAUAAUGGGUGUCUAAUGAACACAAAUUAUAAAUAAAUAUUAAUUUAAUUCAAUGAAAUAUUUAAUAUAAUAUUAUUUAUGUCCAUAAAUAACUCUGUCAACCAUAACUAUUUUAGUUUAUAUAAAAACUAAAUAAAAUAUUGUAACAGCAAGUUUGCUGGAGGAAAAUUUAGAUUCAAAUUGUAAAUAUAAAAAAAUAAUUUGAAAAAAUAAAAUAAAAAUCAAUAGGUUUCUAAACAAGAAUUCUUCCAUAAUUAUAUUUGUAUAAAAUAAGGAUAAGUACAAACAAAUGUAUCUUGAUAAAAUGUUAUUUAUUUGAUAUAAAACUCAUUUUUAAACCUAUACAAUAUGAACCAGAUAUUUUUACUAAAAUGAGCUGCAUGUAUUUUUGAAUUUAUCAUAUAAAAUGAUUUACCAAGACAGAGAUGUUGAAUCGGGUUCACCAAAUUCAAAACUCCCAUUCCCAUUAUAAUUAUAAUUUAUUAACGGUAAUACCAUUGAUUAAAUAUUUUAAUAUUUAUAUUAUAAUAUUUGAAUAUAUUUAAUCAAUGGUAAUACUAAAAUACUAAAAUAAUUUUAUUUCAAUAUGAUUAAAUGUAUACAGAGUUCAGUAUUUAGAGAAAAGCAAACACCUUCAGGAUCAAUUAAGAGACUUAAAAACUGAAAUAGAAGUGCUUAAAGUAGAUGAAAAGCAAUGUGAACUGGAUAUGUUACAUGAUGAACAAGUACGACUUGGUGAAAACAAAUAUUCUACAUUAAAAAAAGUAAGUAUUUUAAAAUGUAAAGUUUCUUAAGCGUAUUUUUAAUUGUUUAGUAUUGAAUUAUAACUUCUAUCUUAAUUUUUUGAAUAUUUAAUUCAAAAUUAAUUUUAUAUUUAACUAAACCAAAUUUAUUAAAUAAUGUAUUUAUAAUUUCUAAUUUAUUAAAUUUGAUAUAAUAUUAGUUUUGAUUAAUGUUGAUAAAAAAUUGUAUAAAAAAAAAAACCUAUUUGUUGAAAAUUGAGAAUCUUAAAAAAAAAAAACUAUACCUUCAGUCACCAUCUCAGACUUGUUAACAUGCAACAUAACAAAAUUAAGUUUCUUAGAACAUAAAUUGUAGUGUAAAUGGAGAUAAGAGUUUGAACACAAAUAGCAAAAUUAAAAAAUAUGAAUAUAUUUUCAUGUUUUUUACAAUAUUUAAGAAAAAAAUCAAAAUAUUGUACUAGAAAAUAAUUUUAAAAUGUAGCAAAACUUUAAUUUAAAUCUAAACACGGCAAUGAUUUGAUCCUAUUUUUGAGAAGUUCUGAAACAAUAAUAUCAACAUUUUAAUAAGGCUAAUUGAAUCGAAAUAUACAGGAUAAUUUUGUUCUAAUAUUUGUAUAGCUACUAUAACUAUAUGUUAAUAUAUUUUAAAUCUACAAACAGGUAAAAUGUGGAUCAACUAAGGCUCGUGUAGCAUUCUUUGAAGAAUUAUGA